GUGAUGGAUGAGAUCAAGGCAGGCAUCCAGUACGCCUUCCAGACGCAGAACCGGCUCACCCUGGCCAUCAGUGGCUCCGGCACCAGUGCCACGGAGGCGCGUGCCGCCGACAUCGCCGGGAGGUUAGGAGCCAAUGUCCAUGAGCUGUUGAAGCCCCCGGGCGAGUACUUUGCUCCAUGGGACAUCGAGGAGGGCCUGGCGCAGCACAAGCCCUCGGUGCUCUUCAUUACCCAUGGCGAGUCCUCCACGGGCGUGCUGCCGACGCUGGUGGGGGUGGCUCUGUCCUCCCAUAGGCAUGGCUGCCUGCUGCUUGUGGACGCGGUGGCAUCACUCGGGGGAGCUCCCAUCUUCAUGGACCACCAGGGUAAGAGCCACAAGCUGGUGCGGUCAAGGUCCGGCGCCUCCCCAGCACUCUGCUUUGCCAGGGAGAAGAUGCUGAGGAGGAAGAAGAAGCCCCCGUCGUUCUACCUGGACAUGGGCUGGCUGGCAAACUACUGGGGCUGUGAUGGGGAGCCACGAAGGUGCCAGGACCUUCUCCCUCCUUUCUGCCCACAGGGUCUGGAGAGCUCUUGGGAGCGCCACCGGGCCAACUGCACCCAGCUGUGCCAGGGGCUGCGCGACCUGGGGCUUGAGCUCUUCGUGAAGGAGGAGAAGGCGAGACUUCCCACCAUUACCACUGUCAGGAUACCUGAGGGCUAUGACUGGAAGGAGAUCACUGCCUUUCUCAUGGACAACCACUCCAUCGAGAUCGCCGGGGGCCUGGGCCCCUCGGUGGGCAAGGUCCUGCGAAUUGGCCUCAUGGGCUGCAACUCUACCAGUGGCAACGUGGACCGCAACUCUACCAGUGGCAACGUGGAUCGUGUGCUGCAUGCCCUGCAAGACGCCCUCGGGUGCUGCCGCCGCAGCAGGCUGUGA